AUGGGGGCUGGCAGCGUGGACGGCAGGACCGCACCUUGCGUCUGUCUUGGAUUGUUGUUUGCACUGCUCGGCGGAGCCGGGACGUUGCGAGGAAUGGACACCAGUGAAACCCUGCCAGAAUCUGUUCCAUCUGCUCCAGGGACAUUACCCCAUUUCAUGCAAGAACCUGAUGAUGCGUAUAUAAUUAAAAGCAACCCAAUUGUGCUGCGCUGCAGAGCCAUGCCAGCAAUGCAGAUCUUCUUUAAAUGCAAUGGAGAGUGGGUUCACCAAAAUGAGCAUGUCUCGGAGGAGAUCAUGGACAAAAUCACAGGCUUGAUGAUUCGGGAAGCAUACAUCAAUGUGACAAGGCAGCAAGUAGAGGACUUUCAUGGACCUGAAGACUACUGGUGCCAGUGUGUGGCCUGGAGCCUCCUAGGAACUUCCAAAAGUCGGAAGGCUUCAGUUCGCAUUGCCUGUAAGUGGUUUUUGCUCUCCAGAAAUGGGUGGGCAUUACUCAUCUCAUAACAGCUCAAUGUACAUGUGUAGCAUUCCUGUAUGUAGAAAGAAUUUGUCUGUGUCCCUGUGUAGAUGAGUAGUUGGAUUUCUGGUAAAGUUUGCAUCAUACUGGUGAAUCAUUGUUGUGUGUUGGAUUUCAUAGGAGUUCCAGAAGUGCUUUUUUAAAAAAUAAGGCAACUGGACUUUCUUGGUUUUUUUCCCCUUUGAAAAUGUUUCGCUUCUCA